AUGCCGCCGCCGCGCACAGGACAGCGCUGCCCCCGUCCUUCUUCGGCCAACCCGGCGCCCUACUGCAGGAAGGCGAAACACCGCCGGAUCAAAAAACAUCGUCAACACCGCAAAGCCAGCGGCAGCCCGACCGUGUCUCUGUCGGACGACUUGGUCACCUGCAUCUUCGCCGGGUUAUCGGAUGCGGCAGCUGCGGUCCGCUGCGCCGCCACGUGCCGGCGCUGGGGGCGCGUCGUGGCCACGAGCGCCUCCAUAAUCUCCCCCUCUCUGCCGUCCCUCGGCCGCUUUUUGCCGGACCUCGCGGUCGGCCUCUUCCACCGGCCUGAGAUAGACCUGCCCGCAGCGGCAUCAUCCCUGCCGUGCUUCGUGCCCAUGGCCUCCGCCGCUCGCUUCCUCCUCGCCGGCCAGCAGCGGCUUCUCAGCGUCGCGGGGCUACGCGACGACGGCGGGCUCUUGAACCACUCCCGCCCCGUCGCGUCCCGGAACGGCCGCCUGGUUCUGGAGCUCCGGCGCGAGGGCCACGCCGCCAGCGGUCUCCGCCUCACCGUCUGCAACCCGAUGAUGCCUAAUAGCAUCGUCGUCGUGCCGCCUCUGGUCUCAUCAGCAAGCACCAUACAAGACUACGGCUGCGCGUUGCUCACCGGCCAGGACCUCCGCCCACCUCGCUGCAACAGUUUCUUCCGUCUGCUGCUCGUCUACAACCACAACCGUGGCCCCGGGAACUCGACCGUGCUCCAGUGCUACUCCUCGGACACUGGCUGCUGGGGACGGGAGGCCGAGUGCUGCAUCGAAAUUCCAAGCACGAAGAUCUGCGACAUCGGCCAAGCUGUGGUGCGCCGCGGAGUGGCCUUCUGGGCACUGGACCUUGGGGUGCUCGGGGCACGCCUCGAUCAGAUCGACCAGCAUGGCGCCGUGAUGGACAUGCACUUGGUGCCGUAUGACACACCUCAUUGGUGGCCAGAAAAGCGGCUCUUGGGCAUCUCGCCCGACAACAGGCUCUUCUUCAUGUACACUGGGGUCGUGCACCAAGAGAAGAUUAUGAUGGCUAGCUUCUCCUACUUCGAGUUCGAGGAAGAAGACAACAUUCGCACUGGCACCAAAGGGAUCUGUCGUGACGAGAAACACUUGCGGAUGCCCCAGAUGAAGAUGUCACACCGUAACACCGCGAUCAAGCUGCGGUGGUUUGGCGAGAAAAGCGGUCUCGUCCUGUUCACCAUGGGAAGGCCUAGCGGACACAGGGGCACCUUCGUGUUGAACCUCCAUGACGAAGUCGUCAACAAGCUCGCUGAUGACGGUGACUCAUGGAAGAACUUGCUUGGGUAUGAGAUGGACAUGGAGGCCUACCUUUCCUCCUCCUCCAUCGAUGGAUGGUCACCGCUGGAGAAACCGCCGAUGCCAAGUGUUUGGAGGUUUGCCAAGUGUAGAACCACGGGUACCCGGUAUAUAACCUAUCGUUAG